CCUCAGGAUCUAGCGCCUCCCCUUUUUCUCCGGCGUCCCCGGUGAAACCGUGUCUCUACAAUGUAUUCCGGUGCAUUGCAUAAGAUUGGAAUGUAAUCUCAACAAACGUUGUCUCAACUUUCAAAACAAAAGCGAGGAACACUGCUCGGAAGUAGCGAACCAUAAUGCCAACGGUGCUAGUGCUUGAUGUUUCUCUUUCAAUGUGCCGUCCCGUCAAUACGCCGGACAGCACAGAACCGUUUCAAGUUCGCAACUUGGCCAUUCAUGGCAUAAAUACGCUCUUGGACCAUUUGAAUCAACACUGCAAGUUGGAAUUCUCUUCUCUGGUCAUUUUUUCGUCCCUUUGGGAACUAGUAGUUCCUUUCACAAGAGACUUCGAGCUCCUCAAAAGCGGCUUGCUAAAGGUGGAAUGUCAUGAUCGUACUAACCUCCAAAUUGGACUUGAGGGUGCCAGGCAAGUGGUGCUCGACGAAUGGGGUUCAAGCAUGCCAUGUCAGGUCAUUCUCAUUACGGAUGGGUCACUUGGAGUGGGAAGUGCAUCACUACACAAAGCCCAUGGCUCGCUUUCAGCUAAUGAAGACUCUUUCCCGCUGCCACUGCCAUUUCAAUCAAAGCUGCACGUUGUGUGCCUUGCAAACCCUGGAAGUCCGACACUCAAAACAUCUCUUCCAUUUUACCAACGGUUGGUGGACCUCAACGGUGGUGGAGGGCAGGUGUUUUCCCCUGAAGGGCCUCUGACGCUGAAAAACGUGCAGCAGCUUUUCUUAAGUCUGGCAGAAACUUAUUACGCAUCGUUCCAUGGAGUCCUUCGCUGCGGCAACCUAUCAUCCAACGUGAUUCUGUGCCCUCCACCUGAGCCAUUUCAUAAGGCUGGAGACUUUGAAUGGACAACUGCUGCAAUGAGUGAGAGCAUAGAAAUCUGUGGAUUCUUGGACAUUGCUGAUGUUGCUAACCCGCCAACACUUUCACGUCAUCUGGUUUUGCCUGUGGCAUUGCACAAACCAACUGUUGAAGAGGAUUCAACGUCAACAGUCAAGAUUGAAGCUGAGGAGGAAGAUGGAGCAAAUGACGAAGGCAAACAACCUUCCUUCUGCGUGCUUCUUCAUGGCAGCCUCAAAGUGGAAGGAAUGGUGGCCAUCUGCCAGCUAGCGUCAAACUGGUAUGGGAUGCUGUACUCAUGGGCUGAUUCAAAGAAAAAAUCCAAUCUUAUGCUGUCAACAUUUGAACCCGGCAUGCAGACAGUGCCAUGGCUUGGAAAGUUUUCUCAGCUGGGAUCUUGUAGUGGCACAGAGGCUGCUUCAUUGCCAGUGAAGCCCGUUUACAAGCACAGUUACUCUCAGAACUCUGUUGUUUGGAUAAGGCAGUCAGACCUACAGGCUGACAUACAGAAGAUCCUGAGGCAUGCGAGGAAGCUUCCUGAAAAAACUGCAAACUUUUACAAGGAGCUGAACCGACUUCGCCGAGCUGCCCUCUCCUUGGGAUUUCAUGAACUCCUAGAAGGCAUGGCCACUAUUCUGGAACGUGAGUGCACCUUGCUGCCAGGUUCAGCACAUCCUGACGCAGCUCUGCAGCUCACACAUGCAUCAUCUUUCCUACGGGGACCAGCCUGCAGUGACUACUCUGUGCCACUUGUACCACUGCGCACAAAGUUUACAACGAACGAAUGACCUCCUUUGUACAUAAUGUUUUUUAAUGAAAGAGAAGAAGAAAGGA